CCAAACACAACGAAAAGAACAAACCAUGGAAGCCGCUCCUUUUCUUUCUCCUAAUAAUGACAAUAGCAAGCAGCCGGAGCACCCAAAAGUGAAGGGCGAUGAUGAUGACGAGCCGCCACCCAUGGCAGCGUGGGCCACUCCUAGCUUGCGACAGUACAAUCCAGAAAUCUUUGCCGCAUACGAUCGCGACCGAGUGAACCAUCAAAUGCGAAUCCACGUCAUGCAGAUUGAAGAAGCUAAAAUGGCGUCUCUGAAAUGUUGUCCGCAGCAGACACAUCCAAUGGAAGGACUGGGAACACCCGUGUAUGCACAUGCGGAUGCCAACAGAGAUUUGGCUUGGAUAUUGGUCGGGUUGAUGGUCUUUUUUGCGUGGUUUGCAUGGUUAUUGUUGCGGCCUCUUCAAGCCAUCGUGUCUCUGUUGAUGGGGUCGGGUGUGGGCUAUGCGUUUUGGACUGCUUUACACUCGACAAACAAUGAACAGCAACGCGAAGAAGAACGUAUCCCCCCUCAUUUGCUAGAUCUAGGUUUGAUGGAUGCGGAAAAGGUGCAGUACCUGGUCGACCAGAUGAGUGCCUCACAAAAACGGAAACAGGCAAAGAAGCAGAUCGUUCCGAAUGACCAGGAGGAUGCCACGGAAGAAGAAGAAGAUGAUGAAGACAUACCUUGCUGAGAUGUCAGAGUCUUGGCAGGUAUUACAAACGGAAAAUCCACAAUCUACCAGCUUCCGCCGGCUAGCUGGGUUCCCGACAGAUCUCUCGCAGCAUAUACAUACAUUGCCACAUUUCUCAUUGGUCGUUUGCUUUCACAAGUUGACCUAUAUUAUACAUUUCAAAAGCCGCAUAAUCAAAACUAAGCUAUUCUGUCAAACAUGCCUCCGGUAUGGUAUGACUUUGUCAUCCGGCCAGUUUGUCAAUCUGAAACAUUUUCAA